AUGGCAACUACAGCACAAUGCUGCAAGACCUGUGGGAGAACCCUUGUUAAGAUACGUGGGUCACAAUAUGAAAUAUGUCCUGUAUGCCAGGCUAUUAACCUUUUCAACACAAAGAUCAAAGGCCGCAUGCCAUCUCGAAUUCAACGAUUUAUGAGUGGUGUACAGGAUGAUGAUCAAGGACAAGCUUAUAGGACAUCAGCCGUACCGCAGUUGUCUCGUUUGCUAAACAGCAGAAUCCAACAUCUAAUUCCUCAGGUGCAUGGGAAGAAGAGGGCUGUUCUAUGUGGUGUGACCUAUAAUGGCCACAAAAAGAAACUUGAAGCCAGUGUUCGAAAUGUUAGGAGUAUGCAACAAUUACUAGUGAACAAACUGGGCUUUCCAAAUGCUUCCAUCCUCAUCCUUACAGAAGAGGAAUCAGACCGCUCUAGGAUUCCAACAAAACGUAACAUACAAAUGGCAUUACGGUGGCUCGUCCAAGGUUGCCAAUCUGGGGACUCAUUGAUGUUCUACUAUGCAGGGCAUGGAUGCCAAGUGCCUGAUGAAGAUGGAGAUGAGAUUGAUGGAUAUGAUGAAGCAUUAUGCCCUCUUGACUAUAAAGUGGUGGGAACAAUACUAGAUGAUGAAAUAAAUGCCACCAUUGUAGCACCACUGCCUCGUGGAGCAACACUUCAUAGUUUUGUCGACACUUGCUUCAGCGGAACUGUCCUAGAUCUACCUUUUCUUUGCAAGAUCAACAAGGAUGGACUCUAUAUGUGGGAAGAACACCAACAUUCAAAUAAAGGAACUAAUGGCGGAAAAGCAUUUUGUAUUAGUGCCUGUGCUGACGAUCAGAACUCAGCAGAUACAUCGGCUUUCACAGGCAAUCCUAUAGGUGCAUUUACCUUUAGCUUCAUCCAAGCAAUUGAAAGCGAAAGCAAACUGACAUAUGGAAGGUUACUUAGCUCCAUGCGCAAAAAAGUUCAUCAAGCUCAACAAGUGGUAGGCCGAUUCGUACCAUUUGCAUCUUCAAUGUCGCAGGAGCCUCAGUUAUCCUCAUCCACGAGAUUCGAGAUUUAUUCUGAGCCUGUAAUAUUAUGUCCUAGAUAAAACAUCUAGCCGGUGUUAACCCGAAUAAACCAUACAAAAAUUUAGCAAAAACUUGUGGCAUUAAGGCCUAAGCUAGCUAGGGUCUGCUAGAAUGAUUGGGACUUCUUUUAGAUACUCUAGAUCUAAUGAGUUUCAGUCUUGUACUUAUCUAUUACCUAAGACAUUAUACAUGAAAUAGUCCAUUGCAUGAGGAGUGGUCUUGGAUGGCAUGGGUUUCAAAUAUGCCCAUUAUCGAUAUUGUAUGGGCUGUUUUGAAGAAUUUCCUAAGCCAAUGGAUACUGUAUGCAUG